AAAGCUUUGGGGUCACACCAACACUACACACUUGCAUGAUGAUCCCGCUUUGCACCCUGCUGCUGCUGCUUGGCGCGGCGGCAGGCGCCAACGGUGGGCGCAUCUUGGUGUGGUACACCGAGGCCAGCCACUGGAUCAACAUGAAGCCCAUGCUAGAGGCGCUCGUGGACCGCGGGCACCACGUGACUGUCCUGCUUCCCAGCGCUUCACUCUUCAUGAAGGCCAGUGACCAGUCCCGCUUCCACUACUUGCCAUUUAAUGUCUCUAUCUCUCUGGAGGACGUGGAGAGCUUCAUGGAGGACUUCCUGGCGUUUUCCAUUUACGAAAUUGACUACAUGAACUACUUUCAGCUCUACGCCAAAUUUGUGACCCUGAUGAAACGAGACCUGAAGUACACGUUGAAGUAUCUGGAUGGCGUGGUGAAGUCAAAGGACAUAAUGACCAAGAUAAAGGAGGGCAACUAUGACCUCCUCCUGGCGGACCCAAUCUAUGCGGGCAGUGACUUGGUGGCCGAAAUACUGGGUAUCCCGCUGGUCUACUCGCUGCGCUUCUCCGUGGUGCACAACUGGGAGAGGUACUGCGGACAGUUGCCUUCCCCACCUUCUUUUGUUCCCGCCGCAAUGAGCAAACUGACUGACAAGAUGAGCUUCUCCGAAAGACUGUGGAACUUCCUCUUCUAUGCUCUGAACGACAUUGUGAUCGAAUUUGCCAUUUGGUCAGAUGUGGAUAAAUAUUACACACACUUCAGAGGCAUGCCCACGAGUGCCUGCGAGUUAGUGGGGAGGGCAGACAUCUGGCUGAUGAGGACUUACUGGGAUUUUGAGUACCCUCGUCCUUUCCUGCCGAACUUCAAGUUUGUCGGCGGGAUCCACUGCAGACCCGCCAAAGCUUUACCGGAGGACAUCGAAGAGUUUGUGCAGAGCUCAGGCGACGACGGCAUUGUGGUCUUCACUCUGGGAUCCAUAAUCAAGAACGUCAGUAGCGAGAAGGCCAACAUGAUCGCCUCGGGCCUUGGUCAGAUCCCCCAAAAGGUGCUGUGGCGGUAUAGCGGAGAAAAACCAACUACUUUGGCCCCCAACACAAGGCUUUACGACUGGAUCCCUCAGAACGACCUCCUGGGUCACCCCAAGACGAAAGCCUUCAUCACUCACGGCGGGACCAACGGCAUUUACGAGGCCAUCUACCACGGGGUGCCCAUGGUGGGCAUUCCCAUGUUCGCCGACCAGCCCGACAACAUGGUGCACAUGAAGGCCAAGGGCGCCGCCGUCACCGUGGACUUCAACUUCAUGACCUCCGAGGACCUCAGCCGUGCUGUCAAGACCGUCAUUAACGACAAAUCGUACAAGGAGAACGCCAUGCGUCUGUCCGACAUCCACCACGACCGACCCAUGAGCGCCCUGGAUGAGGCCGUGUUCUGGAUCGAGUUUACUAUGAGACACAAGGGCGCCAAGCACCUCAGGGUACACGCCCACGAACUCACCUGGUACCAGUACCACAGCCUGGAUGUGGCCGGCUUCCUGCUCGCAGUCGUCCUGUUCUCUGCGCUUCUUUUCGUCCACACGUGCAGGUGUUGCUUACGUAGAUGCUGCGGCAGGAGCAGGAAGAAGAAAGUGUCAAAGAAAAAGUCAGAGUAAAGAAAAUGCUGGAGUUAGCGCUAUUUGACUUUGGCUGUUUUAUACUCACUGGGGCACAACAUUAGGUACACGUGGACUCCGGCAAACCAAUAUGAGAGCUAUCAAAAAAAAUAAAGUGAUUAAAAACAGCUCUCAGUACUCUCCAAUAAUAAACGAAUUGUGAGUGGUUUUUCGAGUUAUGAGCCGUAGCUCAGUUGUUGAUCUUUGGCUUUGUGUUCCGAACCAAAAUAUUAGGUGCAAGCGAGCUUCAGAUAGAUGCCACAUCUUGAGGGUUCGUUUGAUGAGGAACAUGAAUUUGAGAUAAAAGUAAAUUGACUUACACGCUCACUCAUGGAUCUAAUUAAACGCUUAAGUGAAGGUAGCGCUAUUAUUACUAAAUCAUACAGCAAAACGGAUUAAAGUUGAACUGUAGUAUCUUCAUACACAUGCAGGUGUACCUCAUGUUGUGGACUCUUAGCGGAGCAAUGUAUGGACCACAUUGCGUUGAAUAGCGGUAUUGUAACACAAAAUAUUUUAAUAUGGUUGAAAUUACAAUGGAACUCACCUGCAUGACAUGCAGAAUCAGUAACCAAUCACAAGCUUCACAGGCGUGGCCUAUUUGCAUUUCAACCACAUGAGCUCAUUAAAAGUUGGUACUUCAUUGACUGACUCAAACAGACAACAAAACACUUCAUUUUUUGUAAUUAAUUUUGUUUUUUUACUUAGCCAUUGCUAACUCAAUAACAAAACUGAGCCCCGCCCACUUCAGGCAUGUCCUCAUUCAUAGUCAAAUGCUUUUUCAUAGUUUUUAAACUGGCAAACAAAAUCAAAACAAGCAAAAUAAAGUUCAUAAGAAACA